AACCAUCUCAACCAAAUCAAAAUCAUCUGCGCUCCUAUUUUCCUCUUAAACCCUAGCACUGAGACUCGCGCGUUGAGGGAUCUGAAAUUUUUCGAUUUCUCUCUUGAAUUCUUCUCUGCCAACUGCAACCGUUGAUAAGGUUUGCGUUUGUGCUGGAAUGGCCAGUAAUCCUCAAUCUUCUGGUGGACAGUUUCGACCAAUGGUUCCGGCACAGCAAGGGCAGCCAUUCAUUCAGGUGGCUUCCCAACAGUUUCGGCCAGUUGGACAAGGUAUACCUUCUUCACAUGUUGGGAUGCCAGCUGCUCAAAGUCAGCACCUGCAGUUUUCUCAACCUAUCCAGCAGUUACCGCCAUGGCCAAAUCAGCCCGGGGCACCUCCGGCACAGGCUUUAUCAAUGCCUUAUGGUCAAUUAAACAGGCCUCUGACAUCAUCACAGCCCCAGCAAAAUGCCCCUCCAUUAAGUAAUCACAUGCAUGUGGUUGGCACCUCUGGAGUUCCUAAUUCCUCACCAUAUGCUUUUGCACCAUCUUCUUUUGGCCUUACACAAAACAGUGCCAGUGCAAUGCCCCAGUUCCCACCAAUGUCUCAAAUGCAUGCACAUGUUGUACCCAUGGGGGGACAACCUUGGUUGUCCUCUGGAAGUCAUGGUGCUUCACUUGUUCCCCCAGUCCAGCCCGCUGUUGCCCAGCCUUCUAUAUCUUCUUCCUCAGAUUCAACAGUAGCUGUUUCUAGCAAUAGUCAACAGUCUUUGAGUGAUUGGCAGGAACAUACAGCGUCUGAUGGGAGGAGGUAUUAUUACAACAGGAGAACAAAACAAUCUAGUUGGGAUAAGCCCUUUGAAUUGAUGACACCAAUUGAGAGGGCUGAUGCAUCGACUGUUUGGAAGGAAUUCACAACUCAAGAGGGGAAGAAGUAUUACUACAACAAGGUUACAAAGCAAUCUAAGUGGUCAAUUCCUGAGGAAUUGAAGAUGGCUCGUGAACAGGCGCAACAAACAGCUGGCCAGGGGAAUCAAUCAGAAACCGAUGCAGCUUCAAAUGUCCCAACUGCUGUUGCUGUUACCUCAAGCGAAACAUCCACCACAGCUAUCUCAGUUAGCUCUAGCUCUGUUAUGUUACCAGGGGUCUCUUCAAGCCCAAUUUCAGUCGCUGCUGUUGCUAAUCCACCCCCAGUGGUAGUUUCUGGAUCACCAGCUCUUCCUGUUGCACAUUCUACCACAGCUAGUGCUGUAGGUGUCCAACCCUCUGUGACUCCUUUACCCACUGCUGUUUCAGUAGGUACUGGAGCUCCUGCUGCAGCAGUUGAUGCAAAGACAACAUCACUGAGUAGCAUUGAUAAUCUAUUAUCUCAAAGUGCUGCAAAUUCUGUAGAUGGAGCAUCUAUGAUGGAUACUGCGGAAUUCAAUAAAGUAUCAAUGGAUAUGGGAAAAACUAAUGCCAGUCCUUUGGAGGAGAAGACCCCAGAUGAGGAACCUUUAGUAUUUGCCAACAAGCUGGAGGCAAAAAAUGCAUUCAAAGCUCUUCUAGAAUCCGCAAAUGUCCAGUCUGACUGGACUUGGGAGCAGACGAUGAGAGAGAUCAUAAAUGACAAAAGAUAUGCUGCUUUAAAAACUCUUGGUGAGCGAAAGCAAGCAUUUAAUGAGUACUUAGGUCAAAGGAAAAAACUAGAAGCUGAGGAGAGGCGUGUAAGACAGAAAAAGGCUCGGGAAGAGUUUGCCAAGAUGUUGGAAGAGUCUAAGGAAUUGACUUCAUCCAUGAAAUGGAGCAAAGCUAUAAGUCUGUUUGAAAAUGAUGAACGAUACAAAGCUCUUGAGAGAGCCAGAGACCGAGAGGAUCUUUUUGACAGCUACAUUGUGGAACUUGAGAGGAAGGAAAAGGAGAAGGCUGCUGAGGACCGUAGGAGGAAUGUAGCAGAAUAUAGAAAAUUUCUGGAGUCCUGUGAUUUCAUCAAGGCCAACAGCCAAUGGCGGAAAAUUCAAGAUCGCUUAGAGGAUGAUGAGCGGUGCUUGUGUCUUGAAAAACUUGACCGUUUACUCAUUUUCCAGGAUUAUAUUCGUGACUUGGAGAAAGAGGAAGAGGAACAAAAGAAGAUACAAAAGGAGCAAUUGAGACGGGCUGAAAGGAAAAAUCGUGAUGAAUUUCGCAAAUUGUUGGAAGAACAUGUUGCUUCUGGCUUCCUUACAGCUAAAACUCACUGGCUUGACUACUGUUUGAAGGUUAAGGAUUUGCCUCAAUAUCAGGCCAUUGCAACAAACACGUCUGGCUCAAAGCCAAAAGACCUCUUUGAGGAUGUUUCUGAAGAACUAGAGAAACAAUAUCAUGAUGAUAAAACUCGAAUAAAGGAUGCAAUGAAGCUGGGCAAGAUUACCAUGGUGUCAACAUGGACAUUUGAAGACUUCAAGGGUGCUGUUGCUGAUGAUAUUGGUUCUUCACCAAUAUCAGAUAUCAACCUAAAGCUUUUAUACGAGGAGCUAGUUGAAAGAGCCAAGGAGAAGGAGGAGAAAGAAGCUAAAAAACAGCAACGUCUUGUUGAUGAUUUCACUAAAUUACUGUAUACUCUUAAGGAAGUAACUCCUUCUUCGAACUGGGAGGAUUGCAAACCGCUUUUUGAGGAGAGCCAGGAAUACAGGUCAAUUGGGGAAGAGAGUUUGAGCAAGGAAAUUUUUGAAGAAUAUGUCACACACUUACAGGAAAAGGCCAAAGAGAAGGAACGCAAGCGUGAGGAAGAAAAGGCCAGGAAGGAGAAAGAGAGAGAGGAAAAAGACAAGAGAAAAGAGAAGGAGAGGAAGGAGAAGGAGAAAGAGAAAGAGAAAGAACGUGAGAGGGAAAAAGGAAAGCAACGGACAAAAAAGAAUGACACAGAUGGUGAAAAUGUUGAUGCAAGUGAUGGUUAUGGCCACAAGGAUGACAAAAAGAGGGAAAAGGACAAAGAUAGGAAACACCGGAAACGGCAUCAAAGUGCCAUUGAUGAUGUAAAUUCUGACAAGGAUGAGAAAGAAGAGUCUAAAAAAUCACGCAAGCAUAACAGUGACCGUAAAAAAUCUAGAAAGCACGCAUACACACCUGAAUCAGAUGGUGAAAGUCAGCAUAAAAAGCACAAGAGAGAUCACCGUGAUGGUUCCCGCAGAAAUGGCAGUAAUGAGGAGCUUGAAGAUGGGGAGCUUGGUGAUGAUGUGGAAAUCCGCAAACAACAUGUGGCAGUGGAGUUUGAUAUCUGAAUUCAGGGAGAUGGAAAGUGGUGACAGAAAGUCAGAGUUGGGAAUUGAUUAAUUUUUGAAGCUAGCUUAAGCUUAACAUCUGGUAAUUGGUGAUGAGAAAUCAAUCAUGUUUCUUACUAUGUCAUUCACAAGCUCUUCCAAAAUAGUAUCUCCAAUCUCUGAUCCAGUUUCCCUCCUCUGUAGCCCAUACUCAUUCCAGUCUUGUUCUGAAUACAGUAAAUCAAAAACAGUAUCUUCAAUUGCUAACCCAUUAUCCCUUCUCUCUGGCUUAUAAUUACUCCAGCCCUGUGAACUCAGUAAAUCCAAAUUCAGCAAUUUUGUCAGGUUUGACUCAUUGCCAGAUUGUUUAUCCCAUGACGUCAUUUUCUCACCAAUUAUCUUUCCAAGCUCUUCUGGCCCCAAGAAUUUUUGGUGAUGACAUUGUGGCUUCCCCUCCCUUUCUUGGGUCUCAACAAUCUCCUUUACAUAAUCAAACAGAAGUUGCUUUGUUUGCUGCAGAACCAUUUUGGAUUUCAAGUACUGUGGAGAAAAAUAAGACAGGACAAAUUCUUGUAUCUCUGUGGCUUCUCCACAAACUGGUUUCUCAUUUGGUGAGUAAAAAAAGACUUUCCAGAGAGAUGCUGAUAAAAUGCAGUCUUCUGUAAAUUUUUUGGGUAAAAUAACUCUAGUUUUGGAAGCGCUCUCUUCUUCUGUUGCACUGGAAUCCUCUGUUUUAUCUGUAAGAACAAGAAUUUAUUUUCAAGAAAAGUUUAUAAAGGCUGACAGUAAAAGUACAAGUGUACUCCGUGUUCAUGGCAUAUAAAGUGACUAACUGCUGUGAAUUGGGGAAUUUCCAUGAGAAGGAAUCCGUUCUAGUACUGAUGCCGGGCUGAGUUGCCUGCUUUCUUCUAUACACUGCUGUUGGAGCUUUCUAUCUGCAGUAGCCUGUUAGCUUUGUGAGUAAGUGAAUCAAGUCUGAUUCCUUGGAAAGAAACAAGUGAAAAAUGUAACUUAAGUCUAAUAAUUAUAGGUUUUCUACCUCCUGUGGAUUGUGGAGGUUGUGAAGCUGUG